AUGAUUCCAGAGAGGUCACUCCUUUUGUCCGUGCUGGCAUUGAUGGUCCUGGGGCUGAGUCAUCAUUCCUUAGCUGAGUCCCAAGAAGAGAAGUUUAAGAGACAGCAUUUGGACCAGGGCACCAAAGGCAAUCCUGACAGAAAAUACUGUGACCAGAUGAUGGUGAAACGGGGCAUGACAAAAGAGAGAUGCAAGCCAAUUAAUACCUUUGUGCGAGAAUCUUACCAGCAGAUCAAGAAUAUUUGCCAUGAGGCACAUGUGCCAUGUGCAAACAAAAAAAUGCACAAUUGUCACAAGAGUAGUCACCCUAUGAAAAUAACUGAGUGCCACUUGUCAGGAGGUUCCAGGCCAGGCAGAUGCAAAUACCAGAGGAACAACACUAAAAAGCAUGUCACUGUGGCUUGUGUAGGGAACCCUUUGAAACCAGUACACCUUGAUCCUCCAAAAAAGAAUGGAGUCUGA